AUGGCGCACCAAAGGCCGCAGCCCAAAAGCCGCUUUUCCGAUCCACCGCAAACUUCGCGCCCACCGCCUUCCACGGCAGACCGGGCCGAAUCCCACGGGGACCCCAUGCCGCCAGCCUACUAUCCGUUCGCCUACUAUAUGCCAGUCAUGCCUCCCGUAGGCCCUUCGGCUGUCCCGGAUCCAGGUGACUCGCACAGGUCUUCGCCGAGUCCACAAGCGAUGCCUGUGCUGCCGCCCUUCCUCAAAUCGCAGCUGGCCCCAGCUCCCCACUUCCCACCGGCUCAUUACCUCUCUGGUUACAGAGGUUUCCCCGUCUACCAGUCACAUCCGACGCCACUGUACAUGGGCUACGAGACUGUCUUUCCGCAGCCGAUGAAUCCGGCAGUCGCCGAGCUCCUAGAACGAGCUGCCAUAGCCGCUACUGCCGAAGAGAGAGAAAAGGGGAAGAAGAGGGACACGGCCGAGGAACGCUUUGGCUUUUGUCGCACGGCGUUCUUCAUGACAACCCUGCUUAUGGCGCUGUUCGUAGGGGCCACGUUCUCUUAUUAUAUGGUUAGUGCCGAGCUGGCGGAACGAGACCUAACUCGGUUGGGUAAUUUGUCGGAUCACGUGAUCCCACCCGGUUUCAGGAAAAGAACUGCGGUCAUACCGGUGGUCAAGACACCGACCACUUCAGGUAGGCUACAAACGAAGUCGUCGCCCGUGUUGAGCUUCUACCUACAUCCGCGGCGGAAGGAUAGCUUGGAUGAGCCGUCCCGGACAACAAUGAGAUCUCGUGCAAGGGCCCAGCGCUGCCAAACCAAGCUUUGUGACUACAUGACGGACCGCUUCAAAGCGAGUCUCAACUGGAGUAUCUCUCCCUGCGAAGAUUUCUACGACUUCGUCUGCUCUUCGUGGAGGACGAAACGCGGUGCUUCUCUCUCACAAGACGCUCUGUAUUCUGAGCAGGUCGAGGUACGACUGAAGAGGCUGGUUUUUGAUCCCGAAACGAACAACACGACGGACAAUUUCCCAUACGCUAGACAGCUCCUGGAUAUGUGCGUGAAGGACGAUAACACUACUGACAGUGAAAAAUACAAAAAUCAAUCGACAUAUCUUCGCCGGUUCCUUGCCCAGUUGGGGCUCGAAAACUGGCCGUACCAGAACGAGUCUGCCAGUCGAGUUGACAUGUGGAGAACCAACGUGCUCAUGCACCGACAUCUGGGAAUUUUUCCACUGCUGGCGGUGACAGUCGAGAAAGAUCCUGACAAUGAAACAAACAAAUUGAUUGCGAUCGACGAACCCGAUUUGCUGAUCGGUCUCUUUGGAACCAGAGACAUUUUCCUUCCAAACUGGUACUUCAUAGUGGUACGUGCCGCCAUGAAGCUCUUCAGCCCCUAUAAAUACCUCACUUAUUCGGACAAGGUCCUCUCAUUUUCGGAAAAGUUGGCUGAAAUAACGAGCACGCGUGGACAGCGAAACUACGCGGGUGAAGCCAAGAUUACCACCGUGCACAAUUUGGCAUCCUACGCCCAGUUUUUGGGAUUGCUCUUUGAUGACAUAGCGACCUUGACAGACAAGACCAGAGUGCUUGUUAAGAACAUGCGAUACCUAAAGGCACUGAAGACACUUGUUCACGCGACGCAAAAUCCCGACAUACUGAACUAUCUGGGUUUCAGGGCAGUGCUCCAUGUCUCCCCGCUGUUGUUCGGAGAAGAGUUUGCCGAGCUGGCCACCGUUAGGAUGCGUCAGCUGACGGGAGUUCGGCAACUGAGAUGGCCACGCUGGAGGUCAUGUUUGAGGACGAUGGAAGACGCGAUGGCUUUUGUCUACCAGCGGGAGUUUUUCAAGGCUAUUGGCAAGAAAGUCAACACCGACCGAAUCAUCGCUCUCCUGAACGAUCUCAAGAACAACCUCCUCCUCGCCGUCAGCAACUUCACGUGGAUGAGCACUGAGGACAAGGUUCAUUCCAAGAACCUUUUGGCCGACAUCAAAUUAGAAGUGUUUUACCCAACGUGGAUUCAAGCCGAGAGUGACGACUUUUACGCGGCGUUACUGCCGACACCACGUAAUGGUACGGAUGCAAGUCUUCUCGAGGUCUACAUGGACUUCACGCGCAAAGCUGCCGAACAGAAGCUUCUAAGUAUCACCAGUCUCGAAUCGCGGCCCCAGCACCAAUGGAAAGGCUCUAUUUUCGACACAUACCCUGUGUUCGACUACGAGACACGGACGGUGUACGUUCCUCUAGCCAUGUUUAACCUCAGCCUCCCCGACAACGACGCUGCGCUUUUAUUACAGACGCCUCGGCUCUCUACACGAGUCAUGGCGUCUCUCAUUGCCAGUCUUCAUCGGAACUCGUACCCGAUACCGGAACAGCCGUGGCUCCUGCGCACCACAGAGGAUCUAAAGACCGUCGAAGCUUGUCUGGAAGACCAGUACAAAGGCAUGUCCAACACGAUGCACGACGACAAAGUUCGCUCUCGCGUCACCAGAAAGCUCGACUUUCUCGACAAUGCGGCCAUAGAGCCUGCCCUGGCCCAGUUUCGCAAGUACGUAGUCGAGAGUGGAGUCGUGAUGCAGCAGGACGCUUUGAAUCUGCCGCUCAGCACCAGUCAGUUGUUCCACAUAUUGUACACCGCAGAACUCUGCGAGAGCGGGACCUCUGAGCAACUCAGACAAGAGCUGACCGAAGACGCCUUCACGCAACCGAAGCUAAGGGUCAUCGUACCGCUGAGAAAUAUGCAGUCCUUCGCGAGAGCUUGGCACUGCAAUCUCGAAGAUCCCAUGAACCCAGCUGAUAAGUGCACGCUAUGGAGCUGA